AUCUGACAUGGAACAACUGUUUUCUGAUUGGAAUUUUGAAGAUAAUUUUCACAUGUCCUCUAAUAAAAGAUCAGUCAGACCAUAGGAUGAACUAGUGGAGCUACUAUGGAGAGAUGGUCAGGUGGUUUUACAAAGCCAAGUCCGUAGAGAACCAUCAGUCCAAGUCCAAACCCACAAACAUGAUCAAGCCCUACGAAAACCAAAUAAUACUUACCUUGAGAACCAAGAAACAAUACGAAAACAUAACGAAAAUGUUCAGGGAGAUCAAGAAACCGUCUCAUGGAUCCAGUACCCUCCUGAAGAUGUAGUUGACCCCUUCGAAUCCGAGUUCUCCUCCCACUUCUUCUCUUCAGUCGAUCAUCUUGAUGGUCCAAAUCAUCCCAAGAAGCCACUGACUAUCAAAGAGGCGGCUAAACCGGAGGCUAAAGCCAUGGCUCCUCCUAAGUUUUGGCCACCGGUUGUAAGCGUUGGACCGAGCCAUUGUGGGAGCAACCAGUCUACAAAUGAUCAUCAAGUGACUCAUCCUCCGGUUUCUAUGAGUGAUAGAAGCAAGAACGUCGAAGAAAGACUUGACACUUCGUCUGGUGGGUCGUCCGGCUGCAGCAAAGAAACUGAGAGUGGAAGAAGCGUAUCCAUUAGCCGUAAAAGAAAACAUGCAAUGGACACUGAUCAAGAAUCCAUGUCUCAGUCUGAUGUACGUUUGAUGCCAACCGAUGAUCAAACCAUGGGUAACAAAUCUAGCCAACGGUCAGGAUCUACUAGAAGAAGCCGUGCGGCUGAAGUUCAUAAUCUCUCAGAAAGGAGAAGAAGAGAUCGGAUUAAUGAGAGAAUGAAAGCUCUACAAGAACUUAUACCUCAUUGCAGUAAAACUGAUAAAGCGUCGAUUUUGGAUGAAGCCAUUGAUUACUUGAAAACACUACAAAUGCAACUCCAAGUGAUGUGGAUGGGAAGUGGAAUGGCGGCAGCGGCAGCAGCAGCAGCGACUCCAAUGAUGUUUCCCGGUGUACAGUCAUCUCAAUAUAUAAAUCAGAUGGCUAUGCAGAGUCAAAUGCAAAUGCCUCAAUUUCCGGUUAUGAACCGUCCUGCUGCACAGAACCAUCCCGGUUUAGUAUGUCAAAACCCGGCCGUACAGUUUCAGAUGCAAGCACAGAACCAAAUGUUGUCGGAGCAGCUUGCUAGGUACAUGGGUGGGUUUCCACCGAUGCCGGCAACCACUCAGACGCAAACAGUGCAACAACCAAUGGACAUGAUGAGAUUUGGGUCUCAGGUGGGACAACAAAGUCAACUGUCGACACCGGUUACCACCGACAGUCUUCGUAUGGGUAAAACUGGCUGACGUGGAAAAAUGUUUUUUUCAUGAUAUUAUUCUUAUUAUCUAUUUUAGAGGCAUAAACAUGAAACUUAAGAAAUGUAUUAUACGGUUCUACUAAGGCAGUACAGUCAAAUAUUAAUACUUUUAUUGAGAACAACAAGAUGUCUUGUAUCAUCUAUUUUUAUAUUUGGAUGAGUGAUACGCAAAUCAACAUUGUUAACUUGAUAAUGUGAUUAUUAUUUCCUCUUA